CAGUAGAGCUCGAAGUAAUAUAAGUUCGUUGUUGACUGAAUCGAGCCACGGAAAAACCCAUUACUUAUUAUGUUCCUUAUCUUUAUAACAAUUUUUAUUUCUUUUAUUUUUUUUAUGAGAACACAUGUUUGACUAUAUACUCUUGCAUAGAACCCAGUUAAAAUACUACAGAAUGCUACCGAAAAUAAGAACGUGGUCCAGAGGGGGUUAGUGCGUUUAUGAGGUCGUUGACUACGCUUUUUCGAUGCAUUCAAUAUUUCGUAUGUCCACUGGCUCUGUAAAUAAAGCGGAUUAUAAUGGGUGCCAACAUUGGAAAAAUUCGGUGUGCUAUCGGUUAUUUAAAAAGCGAAAUUUACAUUUAUAAAAACGUCGCUCAAAUUUAUUACCAAGAGUUGUGAAGAGCAAGCUAGUUUGCAUGUAUGCCUAUAUUGCGGUUUUGUUGGCUGCUCCUCGUUUAGACAUAACUUUGCUCAUUUUGUUAAAAGUCCAACACAUGCUUUGCAAAUGUCCUUCGACGCCUCACUCGCUUUCUGCUAUUCUUGCGAUUCCGUUGUGUCCAUCUUGAGGAAAAAUGAACUUAUACGGGCACAAAAAUCUCUUAAAGUUUUCCUCAAAGGCUGGAAAUCUUCUCCAAAUAUUACUAUCACUUCUAAAAAUAGUAGCAGUUUUUUGAGUGUUGGCGAUAAUAAUGUGGUUAUUAGUAAUGAAAACCUACUAAACCUUGCUAAUAACAAAAAACCUACUGAUUUUUCUUUGGUUGGUUUGAAAAACUUGGGCAACACCUGUUAUUUUAAUUCCUUAUUACAGAAUCUUGCGAACUUGAGACCUCUCGUAUUCUACCUAACUUCCACGCAUGAAAAAGAUCUCUUGAUCCAAUCUUCCCCGCUCAGCAGCAUUGGGGAUCGCCCCGUAGGCGAGUUCACCAGCACCUUAUCUUCUUUCUUUAAACUCUUUUGUGACACUGCCAAUUGUAAAUCUGGUUUGCUUGAGUCGAGAGACCGUAUUAUCGAUCCUUCAAAGUUGUUUGGUUUAGUAGAGAAGGCUUCUUCUUACUUUAAGAAAAACCAACAGGGGGAUGCCCAUAAGCUCUUUCGACUUAUUUUAGAAUUGCUAAUCUCAGAAGAAAAACAGUCCCGGCUUAACAUUCUGAAGUCAUCUGACUCUACACAUCUUGAGAACUCUACUACGAGCUCACUUUCAACCCUUGUUGGCGCAAUCUUUGAAGGAAAACUGUUGCACGUGGUCAAAUGUUUAAGCUGUCACGAGGAAUAUUCGACUGAAGAACCUUUUUAUGAUAUUCACAUCUCUUUAUCGAAGGCUGAUCAUUUUGUUGAUAGAGGGACCGGCAGAAAAAAUUUUAUUAUUAAAUCUAAUAAAGCAAAAGGUAACGGUGUGUCUCGAUGCAGUGACUCUUCAGUAGUUCUUCCACUCUGUUCCUCUAUAGCAGCUGACAAGGCCGAAUCAGGUGGCAUAUCGCAGUUCUUUGUCCGCGAUCUUGAUGGCUCGCUGCUCACCAUUCGUGUAAAGGAUAACUACACGACUUCUGAACUUCAGAAAGCCGUCACCGAACAAAGAAAAAAACUUUUGUUUGAAAGAAACAAAAACUUUAAUAUGUCGUCUUCUGUCAACCUCUCUUUUCUCCAGUUGCUUAUUUCUAAUCAACCAACCUUAAAAACUUCGUCGCCCCUUGAUUUGUAUUGUUUACUCCGCCACUAUUUCAAAGUGGAAAAAUUGAGAGGGUGUAACCAAUAUGCAUGUUCAAAUUGUACUCGCGUACACCACAGUAGUAGUAGUAAAAGUGCGGAGUGGGAAGAUUCGAGUGAAAGUGUAAAAGCGGCUGAAGGGCAGCCGACCAUCUUAGUUGAUGCAGUUAGGCAGAGCGCUAUUCUGACCCUUCCACAUGUGUUGACUAUUGCGAUAAAACGCUUUGCUUUUUGUGAUGCUGACUUUCGAAAUUUUGUUCUUCUACUUGUAAAGUUCCUGCAAAAGAAAAUUCUUUUGGCGAAUACAGGCAUGCGACCCCCUCUAGUUGCCUUUAUAAAUUGCAGGGUGUGA